AGCGACUUCGUCGGACAGUGUCGUGUGACCAGUCCUGUUUGGACAAUGACGUGUGACCAUUCUCCCCUGUGAUCAGUCCAGUGCACCCAACCAACCGCCCACGACUUACCACACAAGUAUCACACACAACGAGUUUUCUCGCCUUUCUCGAUCAUUCUUUUCGUUCGUGUUUCUCUCUUUUCCUUGGGGUUAAGAAAACAUGUUUCAAGUCGAAAAAAAACCUUGCAAUUCAUCUCUUUUUGAGGUUUAAAACAAAACUUGGCAAAUCAAGCAGAGCCGUUUUGGGGUUGAAAAAACUGUUGGGCGCUCUCGCAAGGUUUUUUUCGAGCUUGAGGUUGAAAAGAAACCUUAUUGGAGUUGAAAAAACACUCGAGGUAGGAAAAACAAUUUUUGUGUCGAAAAAUCACCCAGCCCGCAAAAGGAUAGCACGAUUUUUUCCCUCGGGGCGUGCUUUGAGAUCAGGCCUCGCAUCGCUAAAAUCCAAACAUGAAGUCGAGUAAGAGCGAUACAGAAAGAUCUCUACAGGAAACCAUACAAGAGAAAACGCAAAAACAUGCAACUGGGACACAAAUGCUGACUUACGAGUCCGCCUUGCGAUUUACGCCUUUCGCCCUGUGGGUGACAUAUCAUGCGCUUAACGGAGGUGGCUGUCCGAAUGGAUUGUUCACCCCGUCUUCGACAUUUCGCUCGGACACAAGCUGACAUCAUCAAGUCAGCAGGCUGCAAGAAAUCUCGUAUUUGGCCAGCCAUGCCUUGGUGGUCUUCGACUCCUGCACCUGCACCAGGACCCACAUCGGUGCAGGCAGAAGUGGUGGCUGUUUUGCCAUCACCGCCUGAGGAGGCGCGGCCGCCACCACCUCCACCAGGCCCCACACCUCCGCGAAUACCCGAAAGGUUUUCAGUGCUGGGCAAUCUUAGUGUUGCUGAGCUGCAACAGCGUCAGGCGAAUGGAUCUGCGGUCGAUGAUCUUAUUUUGGAAGAAUCGGCUGUCAAGGAUUUGGCCAAGGAGUUGAGCACAAUACGCCAGGAGGGCAGUGAUAUUGCUGAUGCUAUUGUAUCACGAGAGCCAAGAGUGGCUGAGGCAUCAGCUGACUAUGAGGCUGCGACUCAGGCGGUUGAAGUGCUGAGAUCUUCCGUGCAGGCAAAGCUGCAGCAGAGGUCUGAGAUCCUGCAAAGGCGGAGCCCUCAUCAACUGGGUCUCCGGCUCAAUGCAAAGGCACAAGAAGCUGAGCACUUGGCGGAGGAAACCUUGAACCAGGCCUUAGAUGGAGGUGCCAUGGAUGCAGCAGGGCUCUCCCAAUUCAGGCAACAGUUCCUCCAGCAGAAGAUGAAUAAGCAUCUCCACAUUGCGCUGAAGGCAGCUCUUGAGAAGAAACACUGCAUCCUUUUGUCGGCGAUUUCCACAACUGAGUUCAGGCUUGCGAGGCAAACCACCAUUUGCCUCUGAAAGAUGAAAGAUGGUAAGUGGGUAAGUGGAGCAGAGACCUUUGAAGCGCUGUGGGUCUUGAUUGGAUCAUCGUUUCACUUCCAACAAGGCUGGAGCACA